AUGUUUCACCAAACACUGACUCUUCCAGGUCACCCUCAGUGUCCCCGCUGGCAUCGGAUGGCUCUGGGGGUCGGCUGGGCUGGGAACAUCGUCCUGCUGGGAGCUGUGGUAGCGAUGGGAGUGUGGGGAAAUUUUAAGGGCCUGGGGAAUGACGGUGCCAAUGAGAGACCCAGCUACGGCUAUAACUGCAGCACUGAGCUGAAGGAUUUUCCAUUCUGCUUCAAACAGUUUCUAUGUGAACCUCCAUCCAGCUACUCAGGAGAGGGAUCAGGGUGCAAGCUCUGCCCCCCAAACUGGCUGCUGCACAGGGACAAGUGCUACUGGGUGUCUAAAGAAAAAACUCCUUGGAACAAGAGCCGCGACGACUGUUCAAAGAGGAGUGCUCGACUGUUAACGAUUCGGGAUCAGGAUGAGAUGGCCUUCAUACAAACUACUUCCAAAGACGCAAACCGGAUCUGGCUUGGACUCACCAUUACAUUCCCUGCAAGGAAAAGGAUUUGGGUGGACGGCUCCCUGUUAAAUCAAACACUGUUCAAGGUGGUGGCUCCUGCUGAAGGGAACAGCUGCGGGGUGAUAAAAGCAGAUCGGGUUCAUUUUGAAACCUGCAGUGCUGUAUCGAAAUGGAUUUGUGAAAAAGACGCUCUUCUGAUAUAG